AUGAACCCGUUGGACGGACUCCGGAUCAUUGGGGGUUUGCUCCUAUUAAACGCUUUUCUCUCAUGGUGGUUCACUUCUAGUGGCACGUGGGGGUACCAGGGCCAUAAGAUCGAUCCCAAUUACUGGGUGGACGUGGCGAAAGAGGCAGUAUGGGGACCGCGCCAUAUGUCGAUGGCUGAGCUUCAAGAAUACAACGGUGUCCACCGCCCCAGAGUAUACUUACUGGUAAACGGAACGGUGUUUGACGUGACUCGCCGGCGGGACUUGUACACAGGCAAAGGCUCCUACCUGAAGCUUGCCGGCCGAGACUGUUCCCGCGUGUUGGUGACUGGGUGCCUUGAUCGGCCUCAAGAAUACACUCAUGACUUGCGAGGAUUAGAUGCUAACGAAGUAGACGAUAAAUUGGGAGGGUGGUUACGCUACUACCGCAAUCUGCCGGACUACUGGCCCGUGGGUACGGUAGAGUUAGACCCGGUGGAGGGACCGGUACCGGAAAAAUGUGACCACCGCGUUAGACCCUUAUAA